AUGCUAAAUCGACCUAAAUUUGAGAACGAAAAGCCGAAAGACUAUGCAAAAGGCUCACCCGAAAGGGCGGAGCUCACCAAAGCCAUUCAAAAGCUGAAGAGCGAGUUUCCGAUCCCUAUUCCAAUAACUAUAGCUGGUAUUGAGGUUGAGCAAAAGACAUCCCGCACUCAGGCAAAUCCCUCCCAACAUCGUGAGAUCGUGGCCAACUACACCUCUGCCACUCCAGACCAGGUCCACGCAGCAGUAGAUGCCGCCCUCGCCGCCAAGCCAGCGUGGGAAGCCCUGCCAUUCGAAGAUCGCGCCGCAAUUUUCCUACGGGCAAGCGAGCUGGUCACCGGAAAGUACCGCUCUGAUAUUGUGGCAGCUACAAUGCUUGGACAGGGCAAGAACAUCUGGCAAGCAGAGAUCGAUGCUGCCGCAGAAACCGCCGAUUUCUUCCGAAUGUACAUCCAAGAAGCCUGGGCUCUUUUUUCACAGCAGCCACCUGUCCAGCCAGAUGGCCAAUGGAAUAAGAUGGAGUACAGGCCUUUAGAGGGAUUCACCUAUGCGAUUUCGCCAUUCAAUUUCACUGCUCUUGGAGCAACUCUGAUCGGACCCGCAGCCUUGCUUGGGAACGUGGUCAUCUGGAAGCCGUCAGAUUCGGCAUUACAUGCUAGUUGGUUGUUACACAAGAUUCUUCUCGAAGCUGGACUCCCCAAGGAUGUAAUCCAAUUUAUCCCUGGGGACGCAGAAGAAGUGACGAAUGCUGUCCUUGAGCGAUCAGAAUUCGGUGCUUUGACCUUCAUUGGAUCGACGCAAACCUUCAAAGGAAUUCAAAAGAAAAUUGGCGAUGGUAUCGGCCGCGGCAUCUAUAACUCUUAUCCCCGGGUAGUGGGUGAAACUGGCGGAAAGAACUGGGGUAUUGUUCAUCCCACUGCAGAUGUGAAAAGUGCAGCUUUGAACACCAUCAGAGCUGCAUUUGAGUACCAGGGCCAGAAGUGCUCUGCAAACUCUCGCACAUACGUAGCGGAGUCGGUUUGGCCAGAAUUCCAAAAAAUCUUGAUCGAGGAGACCGAGGCUCUGAAAGUCGGAAACGUCGAGGACUAUGGGAAUUUCAUCAAUCCUGUUAUCCACGAAAGAUCGUUCGAUAAGUUGCACAAAUUCAUUGAAGAUGCUAAGAGUGAUCCCGAGCUCGAGUUGGUCACAGGCGGCAAGACUGCCAAAGAAGUUGGCUAUUUCGUGCACCCAACUGUUUACCGCACGUUGAACCCCAAGCACGACAUCAUGUCCCAAGAGCUCUUUGGUCCCAUCCUUGGCAUCCAUGUCUAUCCGGAUGUUGAGUUUGAGAAAACGUUGGACUUGAUCGAUACGACUUCCCGGUAUGCCUUGACAGGCAGCAUCUUUGCAAUGGAUCCCUAUGCAAGUCGGCACGCGCAGACUCGGUUAAAGCAUGCAGCCGGUAUGUUGUACAUCAACACGAAAUGCACCGGGUCCACUGUGGCGCAGCAGCCUUUUGGUGGCAGUCGUGACUCUGGCACAAAUGACAAAACGGGCACGAUGGCUCAUCUGCAGAGAUUCGUCAGCACACGCACAAUUAAGGAAGAGUUUAUCCCGUUGGAGAAGGUCGAGUACCCUUCCAAUGAGGUUUAA